GAGUUUCCUGCAUCGAAAAUCCCUCGGGCACCGUCUCAAUCACAAGCUGUACUGCUCCAGUAUAUCCAAGGCGUUCAUUCUCAACAAGUUCAAGUCUCGUAUCCCUGCUCGAGCUAUUGUAGAGCUGCAACCUAAUCAACCAACUACAGUUCGAAUGGGUGAAUGCGACUGUCCCUCCUCUGAUUUAGUUCAUGUUUAUGAUUCAAAGGAGAUCUACAAUCUCAGAAUUACAGCUAUAGGAGCAAACCAUUGUCCAGGAUCUGUUAUGUUUCUAUUCGAGAGAUUGGAUGAAGAAGGAAAUAUUAUUAAGAGGAUUCUAUAUACUGGUGAUUUCCGGUUUGACGAUUCUGCUCUCUCUCAACUUCAUUCUCUUCAUGAUAGAUCCGGUCAACCACUACCCUUAGAUGAGAUGUAUUUGGACACAACAUUCUGCUCUCCACAUUAUAAGUCUUUUCCCACCAGAAGGGAAGCCGAGUCUAAGAUCUGGGACCAAUGUGAUAAAUGGAUUAGAAGGAACGGACUGCUGAGGAAUACAAGAGGAAAGCAUGUUAUUCUACUUCAUCUUCCUGCCAGAUACGGAUACGAGAGAAUUCUCAAGUCUAUUCACGAGCAAUCUAGGAAGAAUUGGAGAGUUCAUGUUAACAAAGGUUAAGUAAAUAUAUUUACGAUAAUAAUAAUAUUGGAGGGUUCAUGUUAACAAAGGUAAAGUAAAUAUAUUUACGAUAAUAAUAAUAUUGGAGGGUUCAUGUUAACAAAGGUAAAGUAAAUAUAUUUACGAUGAUAAUAAUAUUGGAGGGUUCAUGUUAACAAAGGUAAAGUAAUUAUAUUUACGAUAAUAAUAAUAUUAAUAUUAUAGUCGAAAUAAUACAAAAUAUAUUGAGUAAUUAAUUAGCUGGAAAGUUGUAAAGAUCGAAUUCCUAAUUAUUUCUCAUGAACCUUUUACCAAAUAUAUAAACACUUCUUUAAUUCAAAUUAACCAAGGAAACAAUUAUUCCUGAACUGGUACACCACAAAACUGUGAUUAAUGCAUAGUAUAUUUAAUAUACCUUAAAGGUCAAACAUUUUUCUGGAAUCCUUUAAGAACUAUAAUACAAUUCUUCUCGGUAUUUGACGUGCCAGGUUUUUCAAUUUCAUCAUUAACCACCAUUUACCCAGGGCCAUUUUAAUUUCUGAGAUAAAUGCCUUUUGUAAACAUGUCUUAGAAUUAAUUGAAAACUAGUAUUAGGUUUCUUAAAAAUAAUUGACCCUUGGCCUUCUUUCAACUAAUUGCUUGGAGAAAUGUAAAGUAUAAAGAUUUGAUUUUGUUUGUUUUAAUUGAGUUGAAUUAAUUUUAUAAAAAGUUUAAACGGUUAGAGAAAUAUGGAACUUGGUAUUCGACCACGUGAGUACUUGCAUAUAACAAAUACAAUGAGUACAUGUGUAGAGCAAAAAUU